UCGUGUUCUCCAACCUCUCUACGAGGCUACGUCUCGAUACCAGUGAUGGAAGCCUGAAGGCCGAGAAUCAGGCCUUUGUAGGAUUUUUGGUCACCUUGUUCACAACCAUGCAUGACACGUAUGAGCACACAAAGGUCCGCAAGGAAGACAACACCAGCUAUUCUGAUUUCUGCCGCCAGGUUGGGAAGUUUCUGCUGCGUCAUCAAGAGCUGAUUUCACAUCCUCGUCUCCAUCGAUGGGUUGAUUGGGGACGAAAGUUAGUUGAGGAGGGUGUUCCACCUGUGCCUGGUAGUGAUUUGUAACAGUAUGGAACUCUUAGGCGUUGAGCAUGCAUGCUAGACUCGGGUGGUCAUUGAUACAAUGCAUGAUUUUAAU